AACAAACUCAGGAACUUUCGUUGCUUCUCAGGAAAACAAAAUCAGACCUUUUCUCAUUUUCUCGGGCUACAAUCUGAUCUCAAGAUAAAUCAUCGAAAGUUUCAUCUUCCUCCUCUAAUCAAUUCCGAUCGAGUUAUCUUUCCCACCCCAAGAUUUUUGUCAGCCAUUAUCGAGCCAGAGAUGUGAGAAACCAAGCUCAACUUCGUCACAUUGAUUUCUUAAAUAGCUUCAAAGAUCACAGGUCUCUGAGCUGAUUCAGAAAGAGAUGGGUAUAUAUCUUAGUUCUCCGAAAACAGAUAAGUUUUCAGAAGAUGGAGAGAAUGAUAAACUUAGAUACGGUUUAUCCUCUAUGCAAGGUUGGCGUGCGAACAUGGAAGAUGCUCAUGCAGCAAUACUUAAUCUGGAUGAUAACACUUCCUUCUUGGGUGUCUAUGAUGGCCAUGGAGGUAAAGUUGUUUCAAAAUUCUGCGCCAAGUAUCUACACCAGCAAGUUCUCAAUAAUGAGGCUUAUGCAGCUGGAGACGUAGGGACUUCUCUUCAAAAAGCAUUUUUCAGAAUGGAUGAGAUGAUGCAAGGACAGAGAGGAUGGCGAGAAUUAGCAAUACUCGGUGACAAGAUCAACAAGUUCAGCGGAAUGAUUGAAGGGUUUCUAUGGUCACCAAGAAGUGGGGACAGCGCUAAUAAACCCGAUGCUUGGGCUUUUGAGGAAGGUCCUCAUUCUGAUUUUCCUGGACCUAAUUCUGGGAGCACAGCCUGUGUUGCUGUUAUUAGACACAAGCAGCUAGUUGUUGCAAAUGCUGGUGACUCACGUUGUGUGAUAUCCAGGAAGGGUCAGGCUUAUAAUCUUUCUAGAGAUCACAAACCAGAUCUUGAAGCUGAGAAGGAAAGGAUAUUAAAAGCUGGUGGCUUUAUUCACGCUGGUCGAGUCAAUGGAAGCUUGAAUCUAGCAAGAGCUAUCGGUGACAUGGAAUUCAAGCAGAAUAAGUUUUUGUCAUCUGAAAAGCAAAUUGUUACCGCCAGUCCAGAUAUCAACACUGUUGAACUCUGUGACGAUGAUGAUUUCCUUGUUCUUGCCUGCGAUGGAAUUUGGGAUUGCAUGUCAAGCCAACAACUCGUUGAUUUUAUACAUGAACAGAUGAAUUCAGAAACCAAACUCUCGGUGGUAUGUGAAAAAGUUCUCGAUAGAUGUCUGGCUCCAAACACCGCAGGUGGUGAAGGCUGUGAUAACAUGACCAUGAUCUUGGUUCAAUUCAAGAAGCCUCUUCAGUCCACGGAGCCUACUCCAUCAGAAACCGAACCGAAACAAGAAUCUAGCCAAGCUGAAGCGAGCCACGAUGAGCCGAGCUCGUCAAACUAGCCCCAUCCUCAGAGUCACGGAAGAUGGCAUCUAGUAUUUUAGUUCACAUUGUAAAUUCUUUUGAAACACUUUUUUAAUAUCACAAUCUGACGUUUCUGGAGAUUUCAGUAUUCCAGUUCCUCUGCGUCCAGACUUUUGUCCCACGACCUCCAAUAAUGCAGAAGAAAUGAUUGACUUGAAUUGUUGAUGGCCUAAAGAACAUAUCAUCAUGUAAAAAACAAACAAAACAAUAUGACAUUUACA